UAUUCACACUAUAAAAAUACCUAUUACAACUACAACAUCUGCUCUAGUACAUCUCGUCACUAUCAUUCCUUGUGGCCACAAUGUAGAUUAUCAUCCUCUUUCAUUAACAGAAAUGAAUUUAAUGGAAAAAAUAGAACGUGAAAAAUUGGAUUUAAUAAAAGAUUUAAUACAGAAAAAAAUGAAACUAUCAAAACAUAUUACGAAUCUUGAGAAUGAUAUUAGGAUAUGUAAUAUGAGAGGUGCUUUAGAGUUCAUUAGAUCAAUGAUUCAGUCACAAGACAAAACUAUCUUAUUUCGCGAACCUACAGACAAUAUUUUGAUGAGACUGACUCAAGAUGCAAAGUUUAUAUCAUAUUUAAAGCAAACAUGCUUACUUAAUAAUUCUCAAUACAAAGAUGUUGAAAGAUGUAUAGGUGGUCUCUAUCAUACUGCAUCAAAAAAAUUGCACGGUCAUGACAAAGAUAUUGAAAUUGAUACGAGGGAAUUAGCUGAAUACUUUUACAAGUUAGCUGAAUAUCCUUAG